AUGACAUCUUUAAUUUCCGCUAAAUUAUGCUUCCUGCCUUAUUGCCUUGUCAUCUUCUUGUAUGUUUCAUCACCAAAUUGGGUUGUUUUUCUUUCUGCUACUUCUACUUCUCAUACUGAAGCAAAGGCUCUUCUCAAAUGGAAAGCCAGCUUAUUUCCAAAUAAAGCCCUCAAUCAUCUCACCUGGUACCCUCCCACUUAUAAUAUUAAUGCCACCAAUUCUUCCAGCACCAAUCCAAAACCAAGAACAAGCCCAUGCACUUGGACUGGUGUUUCAUGCAACGCAGCUGGAAGUGUCAGCAAGCUAAACCUUUCCACUAGUGGUAUUCAAGGUACGCUACAUGAGUUUUCAUUCUUGUCCUUCCCUAAUCUUGAAUAUCUUGACCUCAGCUUCAACAAACUCUUUGAUGCCAUCCCACCUCAAAUUAGCUACCUCUCCAAACUCCACUAUCUUGAUCUCUCCCAAAAUCAGUUCUCUGGGAGAAUCCCACCAGAAAUCGGCAACCUAAAAUCUCUUGUGGAACUAUAUUUGUGUCAGAAUCAACUCGAUGGUUCAAUUCCAAGAUCACUAGGCAAUCUAACAAGCCUUACCCUUCUCUAUCCCUAUCGUAAUAAACUUUCUGGUUUGAUUCCCAAGGAGAUAGGGAACUUGAAAUCUCUUGUAAAUCUAGAGUUGUCCCACAACAAUUUAAGUGGUCUCAUCCCUCCAAGUAUUGGUAACUUAAUAAAGCUAAAUACUUUGUACUUGCAUUCCAAUCAACUUUCUGGUUUCAUUCCCAAGGAGAUUGGGAACUUGAAAUCUCUUGUAGAUCUAGAGUUGUCCUACAACAAUUUAAGUGGUCUCAUCCCUUCAAAUAUUGGUAACUUAAUAAAGCUAAACACUUUGUACUUGCAUGACAAUCAACUUUCUGGUUUGAUUCCUAAGGAGAUAGGGAACUUGAAAUCUCUUGUAGAUCUAGAGUUAUCCAACAACAAUUUAAGUGGUCUCAUCCCUUCAAAUAUUGGUAACUUAAUAAAGCUAAACAUUUUGUACUUGGAUGACAAUCAACUUUCUGGUUUGAUUCCCAAGGAGAUAGGGAACUUGAAAUCUCUUGUAGAUCUAGAUUUGUCCUACAACAAUUUAAGUGGUCUCAUCCCUCCAAAUAUUGGUAACUUAAUAAGCCUAAACACCUUGUACUUGCAUUCCAAUCAACUUUCUGGUUUGAUUCCCAAGGAGAUAGCGAACUUGAAAUCUCUUGUAGAUCUAGAGUUUUCCUAUAACAAUUUAAGUGGUCUCAUCCCUCCAAAUAUUGGUAACUUAAUAAACCUAAACUAUUUGUACUUGAAUAACAAUCAACUUUCUGGUUUGAUUCCCAAGGAGAUAGGGAACUUGAAAUCUCUUGUAGAUCUAGAUUUGUCCUACAACAAUUUAAGUGGUUUCAUCCCUCCAAAUAUUGGUAACUUAAUAAAGCUAAACAUUUUGUUCUUGACAUCCAAUCAACUUUCUGGUUUGAUUCCCAAGGAGAUAGGGAACUUGAAAUCUCUUGUAGUUCUACAGUUGUCCUACAACAAUUUAAGUGGUCUCAUCCCUCCAAAUAUCUGCCAAGGCGGAAAACUCAUAAACUUUUCAGUAAGCGCAAACUAUUUGACCGGUCCAAUCCCCAAAAGCUUGAAAAACUGCACGAGCUUAUUCAGAGUCCGUCUUGACCGGAACCAAUUGACAGGCAACAUAUCUGAAGACUUUGGUGUUUAUCCGAAUCUUGAUUUUAUGACUAUAAGUCACAACAACUUGUAUGGAGAAAUCUCACACACCUGGGGACAAUGCCCAAAGUUGACAACCCUACAAAUGGCAGGAAACAACCUUACUGGCAGCAUCCCACCUGAGAUAGGCAACACAACCCAAAUUCAUGUGCUCGACCUUUCUUUAAAUCACUUAGUUGGGGUGAUUCCAAAGGCUUUUGGGAGACUGACAUAUUUGGAGAAGUUGAUGUUGAAUGGAAAUAAACUUUCGGGUUCUAUACCCUCAGAAUUCGGAUCAUUGAGUGAUCUUGAAUAUCUUGACUUGUCAGCAAACAAAUUCAAUGAGUCAAUUCCGAGCAUUCUAGGUCACUUGUUCAGAUUGCACUACUUGAAUUUGAGCAAAAACGAUUUGUCUCAAGCAAUUCCAUUGAAUUUGGGGAAGUUAGUACAAUUAAAUGACCUAGAUUUAAGUCACAACUCACUUGAAGGUAAGAUACCAUCAGAAAUGAGCAACAUCCAGAGUUUGGUCCCCUUCCCAACACUCGCACAUUUCGAGAAGCUCCGCCAGAAGCAUUAA